UCGACUAACGCCAGUGGUUAUCAUUGUCUGCUUGGUGAUAUCUAUGUCAUUUUUCAGCUGUUGUUUUGCUUUUUCUAUUUGUGAGAUGAACUGCAAACUGAUUUAUGAUUUGGCUUGUGACUGACUUGCGAUGGGCUGGUUCUCUACUCUCAAUAACCAGGUGGGCCUGUUGUGUGCCAUCAUUGCUCACGCCAUCUGCUCGGUUUUCUCCAUGUUCUCGGCCAAGCUUCUCAUGCAUAUGUGCGUGGCCGCCAUGUCACUCCAGAUCAUCUUUGUCAUCUCAGCGUAUGUGAGUAGCUCUGUCUCUGCACCCUCCUGUGCUGCCCUAAGGGUGCUGAUCCACUUCUCCUUUCUGGCACAGUUCACUUGGAAGGCCUUACAGGCGUUCAUUUUGUGGAAGGUGUUUGUGAUCAACGAUGAGCACACCAACAGAUACAACAUUCUGUUUAUUGUCAUCGAUUGGCUGGUGUGAGUAGCUUCAUCCUUUAUCCUGUCUCAACCAAUCAGCCCACCAACCAGCCAGUCAUCUUAUGAACUAGUCAGCCUACCCACCAGCUAGUCAUCUUGUGAACCAAUCAGCCUACCAACCAGCCAGUCCUCUUGUGAACCAAUAUGAGCCAACCAGCCAGUCAUCUUGUGAACCAAUCAGCCUGCCCACCAGUCAGUCAUCUUGAGAACCAAUCAGCCUACCAACCAGCCGGUCAUCUUGUGAUCCAAUCAGCCUACCAACCAGCAAGUCCUCUUGUGAACCAAUAUGAGCCGACCAGCCAGUCAUCUUGAGAGCCAAUCAGCGAGGCGUAAGUGUAACAGUCACUCAAAAUCAAACUGCAUCUUAUAUUGCUUCACAGUGCAAGCUUUUCACAAGCAAACUUCGUGCUUUGGACAUGGAUUGAAUUUCAGACUGUACUCUUUUAAAAGUUUGUACUGGAGUUCCAACUCUUGUAGUUUCCAAUUGCAUCACAUUAAGACUUUGAAAUGACAGAGUUCAGACUUCUAAAGAAUUAGCCAACACACUUGCCAAAUUGUAAUUUGAAAAUGUCUCCAUGAGACUGCAGUUAAUUGUAGUAGCUUUCACUUGGAGAUGGAAUUAAAUAACUUAGUGUUCA